CUGUCAUGCACUAUGUUUUGAUUGGCUAAAAUAUCUAAUUUACUAACCUUACUAACUAAUCCGCCUCCAUGUGACUAACCAAGUCACCAAGACACCAAGUGCUUAGUGCAUUUAGUACGCAGCAAAAGAAAGUACACUAACAAUAUGUGAAUAAAGAGAAAUGAAUAAUUUAAACUUGUUCCUAAAAAGUAUUAAUAGUAAAAUAGAACAUAAUUUAUAAUUAAACAUAAAUUUCUUAUACAAUUAUUAUAAUUAUGGCUAAUACUAGUGGACAAAAUGAGAAUUACAGUGUUAAUCUUGCGGAUAUGCGAAUUAAGUACAAAGAUAAAAAUGAAACAUUCACGGAAGAUCAAUUGAGCACUAAGGAACCAUUUGGACAGUUUAAAGUUUGGUUCGAAUUGGCUUGCAAUACGCCAACUAUCUUAGAACCAAAUGCUAUGCUUUUAGGAACAGCUUCCAAAGACGGAAUUCCAUCUGUAAGGCCAGUGUUACUUAAAGGAUAUGGUCCUGACAGUUUCAAGUUUUAUACUAAUUAUGAAAGUCGGAAAGGAAAAGAUCUAGAUGAAAAUCCAAAUGCUGCACUUACAUUUUUCUGGGAAUCAUUAAGACGCACGAUUCGCAUUGAGGGCACUGUCGAGAAAACAUCGUCCGAGGAUUCAGAUGAAUAUUUUAAGGGUAGACCAUUUCCUAGUCAAAUUGGAGCGUGGGCUAGUAAGCAAAGUAAAAUAAUUUCUGGAAGAGAUGUCCUGAUGAUUCGAGAACGAGAAUAUUUAUCUCAAUUUUCAGAUAAAAAUGUUCCUCGUCCAAAUUACUGGGGCGGUUAUCAUCUUAAACCGAAAUCAGUAGAAUUUUGGCAAGGACAAAGUGAUCGCCUACACGACAGAAUUCGCUUUCGGCGACCAGUGCCUGGAGAAAAAGUCGACAAUAUUUUACUUCAUCAGGGAGAAAAUGGAUGGGUGUACGAAAGAUUGUCUCCAUAAAAAUAAUUAUUAAAAAAAGAGAAAGGUAUAUUUAGCAAAAUAAUUAUAUUCAAAUAGUACAAAAGUAUUACUAUAGAACAUGUCUCAACGGUGUGAUAAUACGAUUAUUUCUUUUUGUAAACCUGAAACGAAAAUCCAAAUGCAUCUUCAAGUAUUAAAAAAGUAAUUUAGAAAUAAAUAAAUAAUAUAUAUAUAUAAAAAUAAAUAUAA